GAGCGACCGUUCAGACAGUCUACCAGCAAACCCUGACUCAAACUCACUGGAGAGCUUUGAUUCAGCAAGAAGUCUGGGCAGAAUGGAAGACCGCAGAGAUGAGCAUGUGCAGGAACGGGCAAGCUGAGAUGACAGGUAUGAUGCUGAGAAGAUGAAUUCAUUAUGCAGACGUCACGACUCAGUGAAUAACUUUAGUUGACUGUUCUGCAACAGAAGAUGAAGGUGUGAUGAAUAUGAAUGGGAACCCAAAGUCACAGACAAUGGAUUAGCAUAUUCACAGGAAUCCGAACAGUAGCAUCAGAUGAGGGCUCGCCUAUUCAAGCAGUGGUAAGAGAACUCAAGAAAUGACUAGUUACAUGGAUGAUUUAAGUUUGUAUUCGCCACCAAAAGAUGCACAAGCAUCAAAUUCUGAUUCUUCUACCAAAAGGAAAAGAAUUUCAAGGUUUUCAAGGUCUUCAAGCAGAUCACGUUCCCGUUCAAGCAGCUUGGAUAGCACUCAUUCCCAUCACCACAGUAGAAGCAGAAGCCUUUCAGUGCACAGAACUGGAAGAAAGAUGUCAAAAUCUAAUAAAAGAAACUCUGUGUAUUCCUCAAGUGGCUCUUCAAGCAGUUCAAGAUCUAGAUCACGUUCAGAGUCGAGGUACUCCAGUCAUUCUAGAAAAGGUUAUAGACGGAGGUACAGAAGCUAUUCUAAGUCUGGUUCAAGAAGCCGUUCAAGGUCAUAUCAUGGGUCUUAUAGGUCAAGAUCUAGGGGGCGGAGAAGCCACCAUAGGUCUUCUAGAUACAGAUCUCAGUCAAGGUCUUAUACAAGGUCCAGGUCUCGCUCUAAGCCCCGUUACAGGAGGUCACGGUCCAGGUCUCGCUCUAGGCCCUGUUAUAGGAGGUCUCGGUCCAGGUCUCGCUCUAGGCCCCGUUACAGGAUGUCUCGAUGUCGAUCUAGGCCCCAUUACAGGAGAUCUCGGUCCAGGUCUCGUUCUAGGCCCCAUUACAGGAGGUCUCGGUCCAGGUCUCACUCUAGGCCCCGUCACAGGAGGUCUCGGUCCAGGUGUCACAGAAGGUCUAGGUCACGAUCUCGAACCAGGUCAAUCGGUAGGAGGUACUAUGGAUUUGCACGCAGAAUAUAUCCUUGCUUCAGAAGAAGCUUAACACCAAGUAGGAGUAAAUCUCGAAGUAGGAGCUGGAGUAGACCACACCUUCACCUGACUGAAAAAGAGCGGAAGGAGUUACUUGAAAUAGCAAAAGCCAAUGCAGCCAAAAUGUUGGGGAAGGAUGAUAUUGAGCUACCAGAGAGUUUAAAGGAACAGUCACCAAAAUCAGAUGAAGUCUCUGUAAUGACCUACACUGAGAUGUGGUCUGCAAACUCCUUGGUGAAGAAAACCAGGUGGUAUAAAAGCAAUUUAUUAUCUUUUGUUUUCUAGAUCAGAUGUUUUACUUAAUUCAUACUGUUUUUGAAGAAGUGACCUAGUUUUAAAGAUUACCCGGUAGUGGUUGUGAUUUAUUUCUAAUAACUAAUAAACCUCAAAUGGAAUAGCUUGUCCACUCUCCCAGGUGCAGAGAGCCAGAGGGCCAGCACAGCACCCUCACCCACUUAACUGUGUUCUGGAUAAGCAGGUUGCACUCCAGCUCAACUUUUUUGUUCACUUGUAAUGGUGCACUGCCGCAUUCACUUGGGUGAAAGUUUUAUGGCUGUGACACAGAAGUAUUCCACCCUAGUUAUGUUUUAGAACAUAUGCCAAGAAAAUAACAUUUGAGGUUAACACUUGAUGUCUCAUUAAAAGUUUGUUUUGAAUUGUUCACUUUAGGAAGAAUAAGACAUGACUAUCAAAUGAAACUUGAAAUACAGCUUUUACAUGUAAUUCAGGUUUGCCUUUUAUGAUAUUAACUGUGUUACAGAUCAGGAAUUGUUACCGAAGAAGAUGGUUGCAGCACUUCACAGAUAAGUUACCUAACCCUGUCCCAUAUUGCAGAACUGCAAAUGCUGGUAUGGGGCACAGUGUUAAUGUCAAGUUUUAAAUUUUUUGCAGUACUGACUGCAUAUGUUUAUUGCCAAGUGGUUUUGCAGUAUCCACUCGUGAGAUUUUGCUGCCUUGAAUGCAUGUCUAGAAGUUGCUGUGCUUGGUGUUGAUAUAAGCCUGAGCCAGUGAAAAAUGUCAGCAUUAUCAGGUGGCUCCAUGUCUUGUGUAGUGUGGUGGCUCUGAAAUAAGAGUAAUCAACUCGCAAGUAAAAGGAGAUGUAUGGCCACCUUUGUGGCUUUGUACAUGACCGUGCUGGACUAGUCUUGUUUCUCUGUAGUACUUGUUUGUGUUUGCAUAUUUCUUAAUAGACCUUGUAACAUCUUUUUCAGGUAAUGGUCAAUGUUUAGGCAGGAAUCUUGUCACGAGAAACGUAACAGGUACAGGCACUCUAUCUAUGCCAGCCAAAUGUGUUAUAGAAGUGAUAAGUUAAGCUUUUGGUUCCAUUUUGUGAUUGUUCUAAUGAAUGUUAAAAAUGCAAAGUUUAGAGUUGAGGGUCAAACGAGUGUUUGCAGAACUCCCAGUUAAUGCAGUUGUUGGAAAUACCAUUAACACAAGGCCAGUUUAACAACUGGCUGUGCUUCCAUCUUGUAUGACCUGCUGUUUUGAGGCAUUGGUAAGAGAGGGUACUUGCCUCAUCGUUGAGAUGGCUACAAAGGCAGUCUGGUCUCCAUUCUGUUAAACUUUUUCAACGAGUAAGGUUUCUAAGCUUAUGUAAUCCUCGCAGUAAACAGGUGUGUGGAUUGUCAGGUUUAGGUCCCCAUGUUAAGUAUCAGUUUGCUUAAGCUUAUGUAAUCCUUGCACUAAACAGGUGUGUAGGUGUCAGGUUUAGGUCCCGAUGUUAAAUACCAGUUUGCCUUUCUUAUGGCACAGUGGAAAUCAAUUCUGAAGUUAUCACAGAAGUAGAGGGAAGGAAAACCAUUUUAAGUAGAAUCCUUUAGAAGGGGAAACCCAAUGUUGGAAUUUCCUCAACCUUUUGAUUCUGAUAUAUUCUACCAUGGAGUGAAGAUACUCUGCCUGUUAACUUCUGGGGGCAUACUCCGAUUUAGUCAAGGUGAACCCACCUUUGCUCAGUUGGUUCUUGGCACCACUUGAUGGGUAGGGUUUUUAUCCCACAGGUUGUUUUCCAGGUUUUCUCUGAAGCCUGAGCUUGCAAAGCCUUGUUUGGGCUUGACCGUAAAGCUUUAACUGAUUACCAGUAACCUUUUUUUGCAUGUUGGUAAUUUGCUGGCUUUGUUUGAUCCAUAGUACCUGCUGCGGAGUAGCAUGGGAUAAACAGCUUGUCUGUUGUAUUUAUCACACUGGUGCUUCAUGGUCUCUGCAGAUCCUCCUUCCCGACAUAGUCAUUCUUUCACUCUUAGUAGUGUCUGUGAGCCACAUUCUGAAAGUUUUCCUGGUCAAUAUUACUCAAGUUUACUUGUUCAGUAGUAACAUUCAGCUGCUGUCGGUCUGAAAUUGUCAACACUGCAGUUCUACAUUGUUUCUAAACAUGGAGUCUGAAAAUGUUAAUUGAAAUUGAGCUUUGAAUGGUUGGGGUGGGAAAGUUCAAGGCUUCAAGAUAGGUUGAGGUGCAACUCUUGGAGACAUUUCUUGAAUAUACCCAGGCAAAUCCAAACGCACCAGGUGACGUAAAAUAAGUCCCAGGCACAUACGGUGUACUUUGGUACAUGCUGCUUGGUAAAGUACUUGAGGUUUCUGUAUCUAUGGAGGUAUGCUUUGACUAAUCCCUAGCUUUUGCAUUGGUACCUUUCCUUUCAUGCAGUAACUGUCUAAUAUCGAGGGGUUGCUUUUGCUGUAUUAAUCUUGCUUUCCCCAUAUUUUUGUCAAGUGGUGCUUGGACUACUAGGCAAAACCGUCUUCAUCCUUGUAGUUGGAACAUAAGAAACAGAACAGUAUUUUCAGGAGUUGGCAAAAUCUGCAGUUGUGCUGCAGGGACUGUUCUUACAUCACUCCUGCAUUAUUUAUCUGGAUGUUUACGUUCUCCAAAUUUUAUAUUCCUAGUGUUGCCAAUAUGUAUGCUUAAAUUAACCAGCUUGUAAAAUGUUUCCAACACACAUUAGAAUUGUCCGCCCCAGUUUGCGUUUCGUAAACCCCCCCCCCCCCCCGGUCACAUUUGUCCAGUGUUUCAUGUAAAUUGUCAGCGUGAUUUAUAACACCACCUAGGUACGUCACCCAGGAUAGCAUGCUAGGAGAUGUGGCUCUGUUGGGGUGUUGAUGAGUACACCAUUCCAAAGUCUGCCGUCACCGACUGGAACUGCUUCGGGGGGAGGGGGGACUGCUUCAGGGGAAGUCCACCCCCAGGAGUAAGUUUCCACUUGGAGGGAACAAAGGCAGUAGUGAAUUCCUUAAGCAACUGUAACUGGGAAGUUCAAACACAGUUUUUGUUGCAUAAUGUCUAAUUAGAGUGUAGUAUUAAUUGGGAAGUAACUGUAAUUAGUGAUUUAAAAUUAAAGUCUGUGUAUUGAUAUAGUGACCCUUUUUGUGUAGCAGCUUAGAAUGCUGACUGAAGAGAAACAGGGGACACUGUUGUCUGAUGAGACUACUUCCUUGAACUCUGUGGAUGUGAAAGAAGCAACUUGGAAGACUGUGGGUAACUCCAAUACUAAAAUUUCAGUUUCACAUGAAGAGAAGAAAAUGAGCUUGACAGAUUUCUCUCCACGUUCUUUAUUAUACAAGUCCCGGUGACUUGAUAGUGGAGAUGUGUGAAUGAGUUCAGUUGUAGUUCUUUGUACAUAUUAAUUCUCUACAAGUUCUUUAUUGUGCAAGUCCCGGUGACUUGAUAGUGGAGAUGUGUGAAUGAGUUCAGUUGUAAUUCUUUGUACAUAUUAAGUAACACUGUGCUGAGUGUAAAGUGCAUUUGUAAUUUUGUAUGUUCAUAUUAGUGUUACAACUGAAAGAUUAUUUGUCUGUAUCAGAACCUGUAGCUUGGGGUGUGAUUUAUAAUUUUAUUAGUUCAGAGUGGGUGUGUUACAACAUUAAAAUGUUUAAAUGCAGUAAGGACAGGAGUUUGGGUUGGGUUAAGUUCCAAUCAAAUACCCUUGUCUGACUGGGAAAUAACUGCUUGCAUUUUCUGCAGGCAUCUGUAUAUGUGAAGUUUUAAUAUUUUCAAUAAACUUUUUAUAUUAAACUCUU